AUGGUGGACGUCGGCCGUUCCGUGACUUCAACAACUAUCGUCCUGGAGGGCGACGAGCCAUUGGCGCAAAAGACGUACAACAUCGUGGAGCGAUUCCGCAGCAAGCUCGAGUUGGCUGAAGACGGUGUUUUCUCACCGGAUGUCUCCUUGCCCACCGUCGCUGCUGUUGUCGCCAAACUAGUCGGCCAAGGAGACGACCUGGUGAGCUCAACUACGGACUGCGGCCUGAUCGGACGCCACUCCCAAGCGAGGGAUGCCAAGGCCUUGGAGAUGUUUACCGAUGACGCCAUUCGCAGCCUCAAGGUGCUCCCGUUCGUCAAGAGCAAAAUGGUCAGGGGGCUUCUAAAGGAGAACGAAGACUAGUCUACUACAUGGCGGCCAGUGACACAGACGCCCGAGUACGGUCACAUGGCGUUCUGGAACGACAACAAGACAAAGCUCCCUACGUGGCACGCCUUGAUGUUGAACGUUGCUCUUUUACAACCAUCCUCUGCGUUCUUGGAACGAGUGUUUUCCAUUCUGCGGUGUGUUGCUUUAGUGAACGACAAGAGAGCGUGUACACAGCAACCGUAGUCUAUUAUUUAUUUGCGCUUCCGCACUGCUCAAGGUCAACAGGGGCAGGGUUCAAAGUACCUCAGAAGAGAAGGAGGGAAGCGCCGCAGAUGCCAACAACGGUGGCGGUAGCGACGAAAGCGAUGACAGCGAUGAAGACAGCGACUGAAGACCUGUGAUUUGUAAUUUUAAUGCUCUCAUGUCUUCAUUAGACUGUUGUGUCGUAGGUCGUACGAGUAAAUGAUUUUUUGCCCCCCUGUCGCGCGUCAUCCUAUCCUAUUUAUUUCAGAGUUUUUUCGAUGUUGAGUUGUUGUUGUUGUUGUCUUCACAUUAAACCGUAUGUCAGUUGCUAAAUGCCAAAAUUUAGCAAAAUACUCUCAGCCCGUGGUCACGAAAGUGCUAGAGCCAUCUGAGGAUCUAAAGAACACGCACACAGCAUUGUAACGAGAAAAAGGUAUCCAAGAGCCCGAAGAGGUGCUACACCGAAAAAUCCGUGCAGCACCGUAUGCGUGCCCAAAAACUGAACUGCACGUCCGUCCCACCGUUCGACUACAGUAGCAUCACCCCCUCCCUGUCCCACUCUAUACCAAAACGGAAGAUUGCCGACUACAGCAUACUGCUGUCUGAAGUGCUGUCUG